GAGAGCAUCUGUUUUACAGUCCAGCUGUAACCAUAAGCAUACUCUUCCAGACUUGCUAUGAUCCAGAAUCUAUUUUACUGAAAAAAAAAUUGCUGAAAUAACUCUUGCAACUAGAAGAUUUGAAUUUGUCUGCACUAAAACCAUUUUGUAACGUAAAAAAUAUUCAUCUGUUUUUCCGCUUCUCGGUGAGAAAGUACAGUUCUGAGGCUGAUAUCAUGUGGUUAAUAUUUCAAUGGACACUCACCUUGCUUUUAUUUAGCCAAAUGGAAUGUCGACCAACUCAGAGUAAAUCUGAACGACAAGACAUACGAAACUGCAUUUCUGUCCCUCCGUACCUGCCUAUAACAGCAACUAAUACAACAAGGCAGCUAAAAGGUCUGCAAGAUGCAAUGAAUAAAUACAGUAUUGGAGCAUACAUAAUUCCUGCUACAGACUAUCACCUGACUGCAUAUAUCGCUGAGCGAGAUGCCAGGUUGACCUUUAUGACUGGCUUCACAGGGUCAGCAGGCACUGCGGUUGUGACACAUGACAAGGCCGUACUCUUCACAGAUAGCAGGUACUGGGUACAAGCAGAGAGAGAGCUGGAUUGCAACUGGGACCUGGAGAGACAGCCCUGGGUCAGUAAUAUUGUAGAGUGGAUAACACGCACUGUUCCUGAAGGACAAAUAAUUGGUGCAGACCCCUUCACCUUUUCUAUCGAUGAUUGGGAGAGUUACUAUUCUCAACUGAAUAAAGUCAAAAGAAACUUAACCUCCAUUGAAGAAAACUUGGUGGACAUAGUCUGGGGCUCAGCUCGUCCCCCACCUCCAACUAAUGACAUAUAUAUUCUCCCAAAUAAUGUCAUAGGAAUGUCAUGGCAGAAGAAGGUGGCUUUCAUUCGUGAAGAAAUGGAAAAGAAGGGUGCUACGGCAGUAUUGCUUUCAGCACUAGAUGAGACAGCUUGGCUCUUCAACCUACGUGGAGAUGAUAUACCCUAUAAUCCUUUCUUUUACUCCUACACCUUGCUGACACUGGACUCAAUCAGGUUAUUUAUGAAUCAGUCCCGUGUCUCAAAUGAUGUCCACAACUACCUGAAUGCUACCAGUAGAGAAAAUGGAGUUCUGCUGAUGGACUAUGGUUUGGUCAAACAAGAAGUGAUUGAUUACAUCAAAAAGGAUAAUGUUCAAGUUUGGAUCGGGACAGAAUAUACUACUCGUGGGCUCUAUGAAGUGAUCCCAGAUACCAAAUUAAUAAAAGACUCCUAUUCACCUGUAAUGAUGGCCAAAGCUAUUAAAGAUGAAACAGAACAAAAGAUACUAAGAGAAUGCCAUGUCAGGGAUGCUGUGGCUCUCAUUCAAUAUCUGUUAUGGCUGGAGAAAAAUGUCCCCAAAGGAACAGUGGAUGAAAUCUCAGGGGCUUCUUAUGUGGAUCAACUACGCAGCAAACAGAAGUACUCCAAGGGACCAAGUUUUUCUACCAUCUCUGCCAGUGGACUGAAUGCUGCCCUCGCUCAUUACAGCCCCAACAAUGAAACAAAGCGGACUUUGAGAGUGGACGAGAUGUAUCUGAUCGAUUCAGGAGGACAGUACUUAGAUGGGACAACAGAUAUCACACGUACAGUGCACUGGGGAACACCAACAGUCUUUCAGAAGGAAGCUUAUACCCGAGUGCUGAUGGGGAAUAUUGAUCUCUCUAGACUUAUUUUCCCUGCAGGCACCAGUGGAAGAAAUAUGGAAAUAAUUGCUCGGCGUACACUAUGGGAUGUUGGAUUGAAUUACGGACAUGGAACUGGACAUGGAAUUGGCAACUUUCUAUGCAUCCAUGAAUGGCCAGUUGGAUUUCAGAGUAACAACAUAAACAUGCAGAAAGGAAUGUUCACCUCCAUAGAGCCGGGGUAUUACCACGAUAAUGAAUUUGGUAUCAGGAUUGAAGAUGUGGUACUCGUAGUAGAUGCUGACGUAAAGUAUAAUUUCAGUGAACAGUCAUACCUAAGAUUUGAGACCAUCUCACUUGUUCCAUAUAACAGACGUCUUAUUGACACAAGCAUCAUGAGGCGGGAACAGGUUGACUACCUUAACCAAUAUUACAAAAAGAUCCGUGACUUAGUUGGCCCAGAACUGCAAAACCAGAAGCUGACAGAGGAACAUGACUGGAUGAUGAAGCAGACAGAGCCAUUUCACAACAAUGCUGUCAUGACAAACAUCUCUGUUAUCUUACUGCUUAUCGUGACAAUGGGGAACACUCUUCUAUAAACUCCACCAUAUUAAACAAAGUUUAUCUGAGGGACUGUGCUAUAAAACAACUCUUCUGAUAGUGGUUUAUGAAUACUGAAAUGAUCUGAUAUCAUGAAACAAGAACAGCUUUUCAUUAAAAAAGAGGAAUCAUCUUAAAUUAAAGUAUUUAAAGGACUAAGGCCUAUGUUCUCAUGUAUUCAAGUUCUAUAUAAAAUAAACUUAAGAAUUAUCUAAUA